UCGACGUUGAAACUGUUGCUUUUAUUGUAUAAUAGUGCGGUGUAGUGUAUCCAGUGGAGAGAAGAGAACUGUUAGGCAUAUUCUAACUCUUGACUCAACGGCUCCUAUCUAAUAAGAUUAGCAGAAACAGAGAAAAUCAGGACAAAGGAAAAAACUUUAAAAAAUUCAGUAGACAAAAAGAAAAUAUGAAUAAGGCAGUAUUUGUAUCGAUCUCAUUGUCUUUACUGUCGCUGACGAUGGGCAUCACCAUUCUUAUACUGCUUUACACAAAUAAUGCGUCCAGUGAAAAUUGUACCCCAGCUGAGAACAAUGACAGUUAUUACAAUAAUAAAUACAAAAAAAGGCACCAAGUAUUUGAUAAAACGCUUUGGAAUCUAAUGCCUCGAUUGAGUUACGAACUUACGAAUAUGACAUCACCUGCAGAAGUGGUUAUAAUAAAGCAAACUGGAGGAGGGCAAUGCUUCUCGAUUGAAGUGUGCGUUGGAAAGGUACGGUCUAUUCAAAGUAAAAGCAUCAGUAACGGACUUUCAGAUAUAAGGUAUAAUUUUUUAAUUGGUGGAGAUGGAAACAUAUACGUCGGCAGUGGUUGGGACGUACAAUCAGAUCAGAUGCCCAAUGCGAUUGAUAUAGCUUUUAUAGGAAGUUAUAGCUUCGAUGUCCUGACUGAUUCCAUGAUCGAUGCGGCACAAUAUUUGUUAAAGGUUGGACUUAGGCAGAAUAAACUGACGGAAGAAUAUAUACUUGUCGCCCACAAUCAAACUAUGAGUACAGAAAGUCCGGGGAGUAAUGUCUAUAAAGAAAUAAUUAAAUGGUUGCAUUAUGAUGGGCGUUUGACUGGUUUCAAUUCAACGAUAAGCGAGAGAUUCCGAAUUGUUUCCCGACUGCAGUGGCUGGCACAGCCGCCCACUCACGAAGCAGAUUUACUGAAAACGCCAGUUCCCUUAGUGAUAAUACACCAUACAUCCACUGAAAGUUGCAUCUCUUUAGCUCAGUGUACAUACCAAGUACGCCAGAUACAGCAGUUCCACAUGGAAAGCAACCAGUGGUGGGAUAUAGGCUACAGCUUUCUGGUCGGCGGAGAUGGCGCUGUUUAUGAAGGGCGAGGAUGGAAAUACGAAGGCGCCCACACUUUCGGAUACAACUACAAAAGCAUAGGUGUGGCGUUCGUGGGAACUUUUAAUUCUGAAAAACCUCCGAAGAAUCAAAUCGCCGCUUUUAAAAAACUAGUUGGUAAAGGUGUCGAGUUGGGGUAUCUCGAGAAGGACUAUAAAAUUUUAGGAGCUCGACAACUAUACGGCACCGAGAGUCCUGGAACCGCACUUCAAAAAGAAAUUGAAACUUGGCCUCACUGGGCUAAUCAAUCAUAGGAAAGACUCUCGAACCCGCAUCUCCUGUGUAUUAUAUAUUCUCGUAUAUACAAGGUGUCUCACGGUGGCGGCCCAUUAGAAUUAUUUCAGAGACUACUUCGAUUUGAAUUUUGAAA